GGGGUGCGGGGCGCGGGGUGGCGGUGGCGCGGGGCGCGGGGCGGGCAGGGCGUGGGGUGUGUUCACAGCGAGGGGCGGCCGUCCGCGGCGCGCCGCUCGCCAGUGUUGUGGUAGGUCACACGGAGCGCGCCCGCACGCACCGACCUCAUCAUUCACGAUCGCGACUUCGCGCCGUGCGAACAUGUUACCGAGCCUUCGACGUGCUCGCCUGAUACUUCGAACGUGAACUGUUCACAUACGUGCUACUAUCCGGACUUGGUGGUUUCCCGUGGUGCAAAUAAAUGCAUUCUAACUGAACUGAUGUGAGAUGGCCUUAUCGCUGCAGUCGACACAGAAUUCGAGAGGUGUGUCAGUGAGACCGCUAUCAACAAUGCGUCAAGAAUCAUUACCGAUGUUAGCUGAGCGUCUGCUGGCGACGCGUGCCGCGGCGCUAGUGGCAGGGCUGCCGGCCGAGCUAUACUCGGGCGCGCUGCUGGCCGCCUGGCCACCUUCUCCGCCCGCGCCGCUGCUACCUCCACCGGAGCUGGACCGUGCCCGCAAGCGACGCCGCGCGUCCAAACUCGACGAAACCGUUACUACUUCGCAUACGACUGCGCCCCUCUCUCCGCCCUCCUCGGGAUCUUCGCCGGGUGCAGCCGACCCGCCCAGAGAUAAACUUUUCACCUGUAAGAUCUGCUCACGCUCUUUCGGCUACAAACAUGUGCUGCAGAACCACGAACGCACCCACACUGGUGAGAAGCCGUUCGAGUGCGGUGAGUGCCACAAGCGGUUCACGCGCGACCACCACCUGAAGACGCACCUCCGCUUGCACACGGGCGAGAAGCCAUACAGCUGCCCGCACUGUCCACGUCACUUCGUGCAGGUGGCCAACCUACGGCGGCACCUGCGCGUGCACACCGGUGAACGGCCAUACGCUUGCCAAAGCUGCCCGGCGCGCUUCUCCGACUCCAACCAGUUGAAAGCCCACGCGCUGGUACAUGAGGGCGAUGCGCCGUUCGCUUGCCGCUGCGGGGCGCGCUUCCGGCGGCGACAGGCGGCCGCUCUGCACCGCUGCGCCGGCACCGGCUGCGAGCCCGAUUCGCCGAGCCCGCCUGCGGCCACAGCCGCUGACUGGCGCUGGGACGAGUGGCCCGAGCAGACGGAGCCGGAGGACUUGUCGCUCCCGCGGCGGCCGGCCACGCCGGACUCGCCCACCGACCUGCGCGUGCACUCCGCGUAGUCCCCGCGCUCCACGCGCCGCUGAGCCGGUAUACGAGUUCCUCCCGCGUAGACCCCGCGUCCUACUUGGUCGUAUGCGCGCCGUCCCAGCCCGAGCCUAUUAUGUAGAUCUCAUAAUGUUUAGUUGGACAUGGAGAUACUUCUCAGAACAAACGUUUAAAAAAACCUACGCGUUAAUUUUUUGCGCAUGUUCGCGGUAAUCACUACUGAGUCAGUCUAGUUAGGUAGUCGUUCAUUCUGUUUUUAUGAUUAUGCAUUUGCAAUAUCUACCAUAAAGACACUUUUUAUUCGUGUUACAGUUUAAAAACCUUAUUGUUGUACCAUUUGCAUAAUUGCAAGGUGAGGGAAGGAAAAAAUGCGAUGGUUUUGUUCCUUUGUUUCGAAAUUUGCAAACCUAAGAAAGAUCGAACCCGUUGCACAAAAGUAAUUCUUUGAUUUAUUGUUGUUUGCAUUGUUUCCAUUUGUAGACAAAAAAACUGUGAACGUUACGGUCCAUGAGGCCGGCGCGGCGCGUCCAAGGCGCACUCCGCGCUCGCCGAGCGGGAACCGGAAUACGCCCGGAGAAGGCCGCGACAUUGACUUAUUAUUUUCCGCGACAAAGGCUAGUUCACAAUCGUUGAUUAUUAAGUAUUGAUUUGAAGGGAAUUCCUCAAAGCGAACAAAGCGGUCGUUUUGUGUUCGCCCAGAUCCUCGCCUUGCGACAACCGGUUCAGUAUCACCCUCUUUUGUGCGCGACUGCCAGUUUUUAAUCAAUAGCCUCGAGCUCGUUUUGUGCUUUUACAAGCAUUAAUUUAAGUUUUCUGACCGAUAAAACGUAACUGAUACUGGUGCUUUGCUUCAAUAGAAUUAUAGGGGCCGUUUGUUUGUUUGGUGAAGCUGUAGCUUAGUACCUAUAGAGCCGGCGGGCGGCGCGCGGCCGGGCGCACCGCUUUUGUACAUAAUGCUGUCCCUAAACAAAAUUAUUUAUUAUUUAUCAGUUAGUUUGUAGGUAUUUUAAAAUAUUUUCAGCGCCAUUUCCGAUGUAACGAAAUUGGCACUGGAAAGUAAAUGUGGUUUGUAAAUAUAUUUCUAUGUAAGUGGGAGUUAUCAGAAAAUAGUGUAGGUACCCACUUAGCGUGAGUUGUUAAGAAAAGUAUCACUGUCAGUUUUUUUUGAGAUUUAAUAAUCUCAAUAAAAACUUGGUUUUGGCAUUCAUUUCAUAAACUAUAAGCGAUAUUAUAAUGUAAAAAGGCAAAAAUUUAUCCCCAUAAAUAUUUCAUGCUUAAUAAAACUGUCGUCACAAAACUGACAGUGAAAAUUUUUUUUAACUAUACUUACGCUAAUUGGGUACACUAUUUUCUGAAAACUCCCAAGUCCCUAUACCAAAUAGCCAAAAUCUGUUGUACGCGAUUGAGUAAAAUUGGGUAGCACUUGAAUAUUCAAUUAUCGUGCAACGGAUGUAUGGAAUCGUGAAAAUGGAUGAAAAUGUUAAAUUAACUUUACACAUUUUUUGAAUGUAUUUUGAUAGUGAAAAUUAAGGACCAUGAACGGGUUGCAUUGAUAUCUGUUGAAUAGAAGAUGUUUUCGUAUAGUUUUUAAGCUACAAUCUAAAUAUUUAAUGUGAAAAUUGUAUAUAUUUGAAUCAAAUAGGGUGGAUGCAAUGCACAACGCACAUGGUCCGAGUAGGCAAGGUAGCGGCGCCGGCGGCGGCGCACCGCCGUACGCCGUCGGCGCGCGGACGGAGCAUAAUUCGCAAUUUGUUCUACGGGUAUUAGUUUCCUAUUAGGGUUAGUGUGUUUAUUGUAUUCGUUUUUGUCUAAUUUACCAUCGCAGAGUAAUUGUUCUCAAUGUUUUAGCGCACACGAUAAAUGUAUGUAAGUAUUUAACAGUGCUACUUGUUGAUUAUUAUUAUUUUAUUUUCAUUAGUGUUAAAGUAUCAUGGAGCGUAGGGUCUUAGAGUAGAUCGAGACGGUGUAAAAUAUAAAAAGUUUUUCCCCAAAGAAAUUAUUGGUACAAAAAGUAAUGUGUACAAAUUAAAUGAUACUUUCAAUUAGAAGUUGUAAUUCCAUGUUGCAAUGUUGUAUUGUAUAAUAUGGUAAUUAGUGUUAUUGCUACGGUGCCAUUAUCUACCUCAUACGAUAGAGAUACUGCUCCAGGGUAUAGAGCCAAAGUUCUUGGAAUAUUUUCUAUUGUCUACGAUUAAAAUAAAUAUCACGUUAAGCGAAAGCGAGGUAUCGCACACCGUCACCUGAUGCCGCGAGCGGCGGAACCAUUUGAGACUGAUUUUAAUUUAAUUAUGUAACACCUAUUUUACCGUAUCUACUAGAGUUGUCCUAAUGUCAAAGUAUCUCCCGCGCCGGCCCGGUCGGCUGUAGUCCAAACCUUCAUUUGCAAUUUAUACUUGAGUUCCUAUUUUAUAAAAUAGUUUUUAACUUUAUUGUUUUGCUUAAAUUUGUUUAUACGAAUUAGUUAGUCGAUGCACUAGGUUUCAGUGCCAUGAUAACACAUCGCAAACUAUUCCACAAAGUAAUAUAAGAAGUCAAAUGAUAAGAUAUAUAAAUGGAUUAAGAUAUUGUCUUAGUUUCUGUAAUUCGGCGAUACUGCCAUAAAUCUAUCUACCUCAUGCUCGGACACAGGUUACUUUAACUUAACAUAAACUGACAAGCUAAUAAUUGUAAUAUUAAUAUGUACCUCAUAAAGUAACAUUUAUAUAUCUAAUGAUUACACACACGGUGUGAUACAAUGAAUAUAGUUACAUUUAAUUAUUUAUCAAUGUCCAGUACCAACAUAAUUAUUAUAAUAAAGAGAUGUUUGUUAUUUAA